AUGGCGGCGGCGCGGCCGGCACGGGCCCGGGCCCUGCUGCAGCAGAGCGUCUCCGCCCGCCUGCAGGUGCAGCCGCCCGAGCGGGGCUCCGAGGCCCAGUGGGUGGAGAUCCAGAGAGGGCUUGUUAUCUACAUAUGCUUCUUCAAAGGUGCUGAUGAGGAUCUUGUCCCAAAAAUUGUUGAUACGCUGUUGAAUGUUAAAUUAAGUGAAAAUGAAAACGGCGAGUUUGUCUCUGUUCUUGAUUUGCCAGGCGACGUACUCAUCAUACCACAAGCUACCCUAGGUGGUAAACCAAAGGGAAGAAAGAUGCAGUACCAUGCAAACAUUGAAAAAGAAAAAGGGUUGGAACUUUAUUCUCAGUUUGUGACUUUGUGUGAAAAAGAACUGUCUGCCAAUGCUAAAUGCAUGGAAGCCGGUGUUCUUGUCAAACAUGGCACAUACGGAAACAGGCAGGUGUUAAAACUGGAUACAAAUGGACCUUACACUCACCUGAUCGAAUUUUGAAAAAAUAAAUUGUAUCCCAAAUACA